CUCUGUCAGUGUCAGUCACGGCAACAACAAGCCACGACUGAAUAACGUUUUUAGUUAAUUUUUACAUUAAAAACAAAGUAAAGCUAGCACUAUAUUUAGUGUUUUUAUCUUAUUUGUGUAAAAAAUUGAAGUGGUAAUUGGUCCACUUUACCGAAAGAAACAGUUUUUCUUCACGCAAAAGCAAAGCAACGUACACGCAAUUGGUUGCCCGCAGAACUCCACCCUCACCACGGAGAGCCCCAGGCAACCGGGGCCACAAGCAGCUCGUGCAUCGGGGAAGGACGGCCUAGCCGCACCUUCCGCCAAUAAACGACGCUGGGUCCCACCAUCGACACUCCGGCUCCGCGAUGCGGUCGCCACGCCUGAGUCUCGUAAUGAUCAGGUUUUUCGCAAGGUCAGGGGUAUUCUCAACAAGCUCACGCCAGAGAAAUUCCAGAAGUUGAGCGAUGACUUGCUGCGCGUUGAGCUGCAGUCACCGGUCAUCUUAAAAGGAGUUAUCAUACUUAUCUUCGAUAAGGCGCUAGAUGAGCCGAAAUACUCGUCGAUGUACGCUCAGCUUUGCAAGAGACUGAGCGAAGAAGCGCCAAAUUUUGAACAAGGCGACGGUAGCACUAACACCUUUCGAAUUCUUCUUCUUAACAAGUGCAAAGUCGAAUUUGAUAAUCGAGCUGCAGCACUUGAACGCAAUAUCAAUGGAGUCGCUGAGGAUGGCAGCCUCCUCGACAAGGAUGAGCUGGAGGAGCGACGACAAACGACCAAACGGAAGAUGCUCGGCAAUAUUAAAUUUAUCGGAGAGUUGGGAAAGUUGGAAAUGUUAUCCGAAGGCAUACUGCACAGAUGUAUCCGAGAGCUGCUCGUGCGGCGAGGAGACGACCCCGCAGAAGAUCUGGAAUGUUUGUGUCAAAUCAUGCGUACAUGUGGUCGAAUUUUGGACACGGAGAAGGGUAAAAAUCUCAUGGAGCAAUAUUUCUACCGAAUGCGUUCAUUGGCUGAAAAUAUGGAUUUGCAGCCCCGGAUAAGGUUUAUGUUGAAAGACAUAAUAGAUUUGAGAAAUGAUAAUUGGAUGCCUAGAAAGGCUACAGUGGUCGAAGGGCCUGUUCCAAUGGCGCAGAUCAGGCCAGCUGAGAAUGACCGACAAGGAUUUCGAAGAGACCGUAACCAGCACGACCGAGAAUCCGAUAGAAACCAGACUGAUUCGUUGUUUCGACACCCGUUAAAAACCAGGGGUGGCCUCGACGAUAUGCUGGCCGAAUUGAGUUUAACUUCUUCGCCCGCUGCUUUGAUUCCUGUUGGUCCUCCUUUUGGAGGUCCCAAUGGAUUUGGGGGCCGCGAUGGUAGAGAUGCUCCUUUUAGAGGCGAUAGGCGCAACCAAGGUUUUAAUACUGGCAACUAUGAAGGAAGUCGGAGAGGACAUUACAAACAUAACCAGAACAAUUCCGGGUCCAAUUUUAAUAACCAGUCUAACAAGGAUAUAGCUCCACGCUUCAAACGCAACAAUCUUAUCGUGGCCAAGGAAGAACUCCAGGAAGUGGAGUUGCGUCCGAAUUCCAUGCUGUUUAAUAAGGCUUCGGUUCUAAAUCACAAUGCUGCCAAUGCGGGCUCUCAGAUGAUUCGCGCUCUUUCUGUGGAAGUGCCGUCGUUUGGUGGCGGCAAACUGCCGCCUAGUGCCCUUAAGGAGCCUUUGCCUAUGAAGCAGGUCACUCAGGAUAAACCCAAGUCUAAAAAAGACAAGGGACCGAGCAAAGAAGAGGUAUUAAAGAAGUUCAAUACCUUAUUAGACGAAUACUGGAAAGCAGAAGUAGAUCUUCGGCAAGCCAUUAACUCGUACAAGGAACACAAAGUACCAGAUAAGUUUGUCAAAGAACUUAUUUUGUCAGGAUUAUCGUUGGCACUGGAUAAGUCCGAUUUGCAGCAGGAAAAGUUCAUACAACUCAUUGGCAAUCUGAAGGAAAACGGGGCUGUUUCUGGAAAUGCCGUGCAGGAUGCUGUUAAGGCGCUUUGUCAUGUUUUGGAUCAACGUACUAGUGACGGUGAAACGGAAAGAGACGUUGUUAUAACCGCGGCAUCUGGGUUAUUAGCGGCGGCAGUUUGUGAACAUUUAGCUCCAUUAUCGGACGUUGCUUUGCUGACUGAUAAUGGCGCCCAUUAUCCUCUCUUCCUUUUGGUGUUGCAACGCAUUAAGGCUAAAACUGGCAAGUCGGAGUUGAGUGAGAUAUUUAACAAGAGUAAGAUAAACUUAAUGGCUCAACUUCCUGAAGCUGACAGAACAAAAGAGAGACUAUCGGAGAUCCUGGACGAGCGCGAACUCACGUUCCUUUAUCCACUGUUGCGUAUUCAAGCUGACUUGGCCAGGCAGCUGGCGGCCGAUCCCAACCCGCAAACAUUUUAUAAAUGGAUUAAGGAAAACUUGGAACCAGCUAACUUCAACGAUCCAGGAUUUAUUAAUGCUCUUGUCACUGUUCUGAUCAAGUAUAUUACACAAGAAGCCCAAUCAGCAGGGGAUGAAAAAGGAAUGACUGAAAAAGAAAAUGCCUUAUUGAAACGUUAUCAAGUGAUCCUGCACGCGUUUCUACGCGACAAAUCUUCUUUGCAAUUGGUAGCCGUCUACUCUUUACAAAUGCACUUCUACGCUCAAGGUUUUCCUCGUGGUCAAUUGUUAAGAUGGUUCAUGUCCAUGUACGAAUUAGAAAUCGUUGAUGAGGAAGCUUUUCUUAACUGGAAAGAGGACGUGACUGACGCAUAUCCCGGGAAAGGACAAGCAUUAUUCCAGGUCAAUCAGUGGCUUACUUGGCUGCAAGAAGCUGAAUCAGAAGACGAAGAAGGAGAUGACUGAACAGCAACACCCCUCCAAGAGACACCGCUGGUGUCUCAAAACUGUUUAUAAUCACGCCCAUUUUUUUUUAACAAAGUAAUCAAGUAAGUUUAAUGAAAAAAAAGAAAAUUACCGAAGAACGCAAACAGUUUUUCCCGUGAAUUAAAUGAGAUUCUAACAUUGGAUAUUUUAAAAUAAGGGUUUGGAUUUGCGAAAGUAUUGUGUGUUUUUAGAGUUGGAACUGCUGUGGUGGUAGGCAGGUAUCAUUUUCGAGUUAUCUGAUAUAAUACAUAAUUGCCGUCUGGUCGAAGGCUUUGAAGCGGAUUGGUUUGGUUUGGACACUAAAAUAAAUAUUAUUUGAGUUUUUAGUGUUUACCUAGGGCUAUUUAGUCGAUAGUCUAUUCUCCCAUAAAAGUUUUUUAUAAAUACCUUAACAUCUUUGAUGGGUUAGCGGACUAAAUGGCCUAGAACCAAGUAGGUUUCAAGUUCACAACCGAAAACAACAGCUCAGAGCAAUAAAUGUAACUCAAAAUACCACCAAAAUUGCCUUAGGUCAAUGUUAAACAAUUUUAGGUAAUCAAUGUCGUAACUUAAUGGGACUGUUUUUAUUGAUUUGCGUUAAGUAUUUUUGUUCGCUCAUUCUAUUUAUACGAAGAUUUAGACGGAUUUUGUUCUUUAGACGUUAAGCGUUGAAGCAGUAAUUAACUGUAGAUUUAGUUCUCGUAAUAUCUUAGCAAAAUAUAUUGUAGGUUAUUAAAGUAAAUGCUGCAAAUGGAAUACCGGUAUAUCUUGAAAUGCUAUUCUGUCGUAAUUUUCCAGCGAUUAUGACUAAUUAAUAAAGAAUUCGUUUCAUUCUUGGCAUUAUGGAAUUUGGAAAUCAUUAGGUAACAUCAGUUUUCUGUUGAAACUUAUUUUUAAAAUCUGCCAGUACCUUGAAACAUCUGGUAUGUAACAAAGAUAUUUCAGAUCACUGAAAAUGACUGUUAUUUGAAGAUUUACUGUUCCUUAUAUAAAAUACCGAGAAAUGUUAUGCAAUUUUACCUCAUUAACUUCAAUAUACAACUCGUGAAUGAAUGGUGAUGAUGUAAAGUGUAAAAGGUAUUUGAUUUGGACGUAAACUGGUCACGAUCGGACCGAAGCCUUAUGAAGUCAUUAUUUGCUCGUUUUUACAAGGCUGAAUAAACUUAGAUUAGUGUAGGAAUAUAUCUGGUACUUUAAGUACUAUUUAUAAAUUUCUUAAUUCACUAUCAAGCUAAUGCAGAAUUUAAUGUCUGAUUGUUGAAAAUAACAUUACUUUUAUUUGGUUACUAUAGUACUUGCUUAAAUUUUAAUUCUAUAAUUUUUAUUGCGUAUUUUAUAUUUUUUCGUAUGUUUAUUAUCGACCUCAAUUUGUAACUUUCAACUGCGAAUUUUAGUAAUAUUUAAACUGCUCGAAUGACCUGUGGUUUUAGAAUUAGUUUUUAUAUUGCCUAGAACUAAACACAUCUCGAUAGUUCUGAUUAGUUUUAGUUGGGAAGUAUGCAUGUCUCAACUACCUCCCCAAAUGUGACUUUUCCAAUGAUGUCUUUCCCGUCUAAGAUCCAAACUCGUAUUUUAAAACGCGAAUCUCUUUAUUUGCCGUUUUCAGGAAAUUUACAACAAACUACAUCAUUUUUCGUUUUCAUUUUUUAACAUCAGUAAUUUGUUCAAAAUCUAAAAAAAAUGGCAUUGCAGUGGUAAGCAGAGUCAGCUUUACAUCCCUAUUCAAGGUAUUGAACGAUCAUUCUAAACUCUAUAAAAAGUGUGCUUGCUAGGCAAGUUCGAAUCCCACAUUUUUACCGAAAACUGUUACUUGAAUAAAACGUUAAUUUGGUUUUUCUGUGCUGGCACACUACUCGAAAUUUCAAAUAAGAUUUAUUGGCAUAAAAAAUCCGUUAGAGUAGAGCACCAUCACGUAAUAUUAUAAUUUCUCCUUCGAUACGUUUAAGGAGGAAAUUGCAACAAUCUUGUUCGAACAAAAACAGAAUUGUUUUAUGGUUUUUAUAAAGUAAUUGUAACAAUAGCACAAAACCAUUUUUGUUUCAUGCCAUCUUUUCUUUAUUUAUUAUUAAAAGUCUCUAGGUUUAUGUUUUGACGAAAUUACGUCUGGGUUCACUUUAAAAAUAUUUGUAUAAGCAGAAUUUUGUGAAAUACUUAGGAAUAUGAAAAUAUAGGUAAAUAUAGUCAUCGACCCCCAAAAGAUUGUAUUGUGGAGUGCACUCCGAAAAACGUUUAUUCAAUAAUCACAGUCAAUUAGAUGGAAUUGAAUAAUUUAAAUUGGUCACAAGUGUCUUAAAAAUUCGUGGCAAGCCAUUCUGAUUAUAAAUUAAUACUGUCAAUUAAUUUGUUGCGUUCGAAAACCUUGCGGCAGAUUAUUAUUUUUUGAAUUUUAUAAAAAUGCUAAUUUGAUUAUUUUAUUCAUUUAUUGCAACCGAAUUUUCAGAGCUGCAAAGCCGCAUUAGAUCUAGAUUUGAUUUUUCGGAAAGCACUUUACUUUUUCUGGCUUGGGGCUUAUAAUGUUCAAAUUCAUGGAAAUCUACACAAAAAUGUGUUCUAAUAAGUUUAAUUUGUUGUAAAAAUGUGUACUAUUUUUUCUACUUAUUUCUAGACUAUUUCUGUACACCUAGACUAUAGUUCCGCAAAAAAAUGCUAUACUGUCAACUUUAUGUUAAUAAAAUGUUCGGUGGUGUUUUACUAUCGACGACGAUUUUAAGAUUA